GGAAGAGCGCGCGGCCGCGAGCAAAGGAGGGAGGGCAGGGAGGAAGAGAGAGAGGCGGGCAGGCAGGCGGGCGCGGGGGUCGGGGACUGAGGCAGUAGAGGGAGGCGAGAGCCCGGCAGCCGCUUCGCGCUGUUUGUUGCGCGGGCUUUUGGAGGAGGUGGCCAUUGAGUCGGCGGAGGAGAAGCGGGCAUCGGCGGUGUUGGUGCUGGUGCCUGGGGGCGGGGGACUGGGGAGGCGAGAAGGGGGGUCGCUGCGGUGGUUCUUUCGCUGUCGCGCUCUCCUUGCCUCUUCCCCUCCUCGGUGGGCUCCUCCCGGCAUCUCCCUCGCCUCCCGGAUCCCGCUCCCGGCCCCCCGCGGUAUGUCUUGAUCCCGAGCAGCGGGUUUCAUGGGGCUCCUCAGGAUUAUGAUGCCGCCCAAGUUGCAGCUGCUGGCGGUGGUGGCCUUCGCGGUGGCGAUGCUUUACUUGGAGAACCAAAUUCAGAAACUGGAGGAGUCCCGAUCGAAGCUAGAAAGGGCUAUUGCAAGACAUGAAGUCCGAGAAAUUGAACAACGGCAUACAAUGGAUGGCCCUCGGCAAGAUACAGCUUUAGAUGAGGAGGAGGACAUGGUGAUCAUUUAUAACAGAGUCCCCAAAACUGCAAGCACCUCUUUUACCAAUAUUGCCUAUGACCUAUGUGCAAAGAAUAAAUACCAUGUUCUUCACAUCAACACUACCAAAAAUAAUCCAGUGAUGUCACUACAAGAUCAGGUGCGUUUUGUAAAGAACAUAACUUCCUGGAAAGAGAUGAAACCAGGUUUUUAUCAUGGGCAUGUUUCUUAUUUGGAUUUUGCAAAAUUUGGUGUGAAGAAGAAACCAAUCUACAUUAAUGUCAUAAGAGAUCCCAUAGAGAGGCUAGUUUCUUACUAUUACUUUCUGAGAUUUGGAGAUGAUUACAGACCAGGGUUAAGAAGACGAAAACAAGGAGACAAAAAGACUUUUGAUGAAUGUGUCGCUGAGGGUGGCUCAGACUGUGCUCCAGAGAAGCUCUGGCUACAAAUCCCAUUCUUCUGUGGUCACAGCUCAGAAUGCUGGAAUGUGGGAAGCAGGUGGGCUAUGGAUCAAGCCAAGUAUAACCUAAUUAAUGAAUACUUUCUGGUGGGAGUUACUGAAGAGCUUGAAGAUUUCAUUAUGUUAUUGGAAGCAGCUUUGCCUCGGUUCUUCAGGGGUGCUACAGAACUCUAUCGUACAGGAAAGAAAUCUCAUCUUAGAAAAACCACAGAGAAGAAACUCCCCACUAAACAAACCAUUGCAAAACUACAGCAGUCUGACAUUUGGAAAAUGGAGAACGAGUUCUAUGAAUUUGCAUUGGAGCAGUUCCAGUUCAUCAGAGCCCAUGCCGUACGAGAAAAGGAUGGAGAUCUCUAUAUCCUCGCACAGAACUUUUUCUAUGAAAAGAUUUACCCUAAAUCGAACUGAAUACAAGGUGAACUGAAUAGUAGGAUCUUGAACUAAUACAUUGACCUUGUCUUCACCUUAGCUCUCCACUCCACAGCCUGGAUUGCCGUUCGGUGGGUAAGACAAUUUGUUUUGAGCCAAGUUAGGAAACAGACGAUUAACAUCAAGAAAGUAGAUGCUGGCUGGUAUGUCAGCAGUCUAAGUAGUCUUAAGUUUCAGCCUAUUUUUGUUUUCGCUGGUUAAAUUUUGGUGGGAGUUAAAAUCUCCUGCCCAGAAAAACUGUACACAUCACCUAAAAACAUAGCAGGUCUUAUCGAAAGACUUAAAUACAGUUUCAGAAAAAGUUCUGAUAUUCUGUUUUUGAUGAAGCAUUUUUUUUCAACUAACAUGAAUAUAAAUCAUUUACUAUUUCCACCUUCACCUGGAGGUUUGGGUUAUACACCUUGACUGAAUAGUUACUACUUGUUUGGCAGUGUGUGCUUUUGUUUUUGUGAAUCACGUCUCAUGAAAUUUAUUGGAAUGUUUGAUCAUGUUUGCUAAGAAAUGUUUUUGCUAUAGUUGGAAUUGCUCAUAUUUUAUGUCAUUUUAAUUUUCUUUCAAAAAAUUGGUAAGUGUUAAAAACCAAGUUAACGCAUUACUAACACUGUAAAAAUAACAGUAUUUCUGAUUCCUGUUUCCCCAAUAUUUAGGAUUGGGGAGCCACAUCAAAGAAUAUUGAAAUUACCUGAAGUUUUAGUUAAAGGCUUCAACACAAAAAGUCAAGUAUUUGUUUCUCCAUGGAUUAUUUGUAAAGCUGUAAAUUGGAAUAUCAGUGAUCCAUAUUAUAACUCCAUUAGUGAGCUGUGGGAUGGGUAGGAUUUUUCCUACUUCUUCUGUACUUUUACUUGUAGACUAUUUUUACUAAGGUGCUUUAUAAUGUGUUUUAAAGCAUUGCAUUUACAACAAUGGAAAAUGCUGUAAAUAUUGCAUAUUUUAUGUAUUUGGACCAAAAGGUUAUAGAUAACUACACAAAAGUGGUUUUGCACCAAUUUUAUGUGAAGUAAAACCAUUAGACCUACUGUUCUUAUAUUUUUCAUCUAACUUAACUGUUAAGACAUCACUGAAAUGAACUUCAAUAGCCUUUCAAUUUUGAUAUAUAGUACAUUAUUCAUAAUUGGGGGCAGUUGUUACAGUGGAAAGUGCUGGACAAGGAGUCAGAAAACUUGAUCGCUCGUCCUGGCCCUGCCACUUGACAGCUGUGAGACCCUGGGCAAGUCACUUGGCCUCACUUUGCCUCAGUUCCUCAUCUUGAAAUGAGGAUCAUAAUACCUGCUGUACCUACCUCACAGGGAUGUUGUGAGGGUUAAAUCAGAUGGCAUGUGAAAGCACUUUGGAAACUGUAAACCGCUGUAUAAAUGUAUGGUAUUAAGGAAACAUCUUUAACAUAGUUUCAUACCAUUCAUUUUUUUAGCAACAAAAGGGAAAAUUCCACCUAUAAGCUGGUUGACAAAAAAUUCAUCUUGAUAUAAAUUUGUGUUUGAUAAAUAUCUUCUCAGUGUUUUAUCUUCCAUGUUUCAACAACUAUUGAAAUACGAAACACCUGUAAAAUCUUGACAAUUUACAAGCAGCAGCUUGAGUUCAAGGGGUACCCUGCUUGAAAAAGGCUUCAUUAGUGACUCGAGGCAGGGGAAUAUUUGCUCUUCAAAUUUGGAAAUUAUUCUCAUUUUAUUUUACAUCAUAUUCCAAAAUGUUGACUGUUUUAUACCUCUUGUUUUUAAGGAAUACUUGGCAGCUUAAUGCCCUGUGUAUUCUUUGUCUUCUUUCCCUUCUUUGGGUAACAAAGAAUUUUGGAAAUGUUUUCUAAAGGAAUAAUCUUUAAUAUGUUUAGUUUAAAUAUUCUUGAAAAAGUUCUGGCCAAACUAUGUGAGCAUUUUAGGCAGGCUUCUUUCAAAGUUACUGAUUGUAUGGGACACAAAGGGGAAGCAUUAGUCAAAAAGCAUUCAUAAAUAAAUUUAAAACUACAGGCAUUAGUCAAAAAGCAUUCAUAAAUAAAUUUAAAACUACAGCAAGUUGUCAGAAUCAUUUUAGCAUCUUCACUCCCACCAUAAUCAGCCCAGAUAAUCAGCAUCUGACAGGCAAGCUUUUCUUAUUUGACUUUCUUCUUUCCUCUCACCUCUCUUCUUUCUCUCUCUUCCUCUUUCCCUCCCUUCUUCCCUCCCUCCCUGCACUGAUAGUUAUUCACUUUUGCAGAUAUUUGUUGAAAAUGUACACAAAUCAUUUCUUUCCCUGAAAGUAAAUAAUAUCUCAAGGUGGAGGACAUCUGAUAUUUACCUGCCAAGGGUCCCCAGUCUUUAGAAAGAAGGUUAUUCUUGGAGUCUAUGCUAAAAUCUUGAGGUGCAUUAACAUUCUGAUAGAGUAGCGGGUGGUGUACUAGAUCAAGGGGUCAGUAGCAUUUUUCCUAUGAAGGACCAGAGGGCUAGUCUUUCAGACUCUUUGGGCCACACAGUCUGCCACAACUAUCCAGCUCUGCUGUCAGCACGAAAGCAGUCGCAGUCAGUUCGUAAAUGAAGGAGUGUGGCUAUGUUCCAGUGAAACCUUGUUAAAAAAACACAAUAUUCACGAUAAGAACCAUGGGUUGUAGUUUGCCAAACCCUGUUACAAAAAAUCAUGAUUUACAGAGAAAUCAUUGUUGAAUCCUUACUAGAGAGGCCAAAAAGAGUUCAUAAACUUUCAAAAGCUCCUACGUUAGAGCCAAAGGAUAGCUUUCUAAUUCAGGUGGUGUCUCCCACAAAUUCAUAAACUUUUAUGACUUAGAUUGUUUCCAGGUGGGCAUGUUUUCUUUCCCGUUGAACAGUUCAAGUGAGGGCAUUUAUCUGUCAUUUUUAAAGGGUGGUGUAGGCAUAUUCUUCCUGGAGACCAACAAAGAGUUGGAUUUAAGUCCAUCUGGUCCAUUACAGUCCUAGAAUUCUGACAAGUGCAGCAUCCUUAUAGUAGCUAAGUUUAUAAUCAAUGAAAUAAAUAGAACCACUGAGACUAUAAUGUAUUUUUUUAAAGUGGCAAAUGUGAUUU